CAAAAACAAGGUAAAAGCGGUGGGCGGUAUUAAAUGCAUUUGGAGGAUAAAUUUGUGAUUUAUGAAUUAAUUUCAUGGGGAUAAAAAAUAGGAUAAAUUAUUCUUAUUAAUUUUUUUUUGCUUAAAUCUGUAUUUUUUAUUUUGAUCUCCUCUUUCUUAUGAAUUUUUUGAUUAAUUUAAUGUUAUUUUCUCGGAAUUUUGUCACACUAAGAAAUUUUAUGUGAAAAAUAAAUACGCAUAUUUCUUCAACGUAAUCGUCUGAUUAAUCAUGGCAAUGGAAGCAGUUGUUUUAGCAGCCAUCGCAGUUCUAACUAUUGUAUUUGUUGGAUCCUUAUUUGCCUUGAUAAUGGUUUGCCGUCAUAAAUAUUGUCGGCCGUUUGAAUUACUAGCACAUCAGUUCAAAGACGCUAGGCCAGAAAUACAUUUGAUUUCUAAUGAAGAUGGUGCAGAUAUGGAACUUGAUGAUGUGAGGCUUCAUCCAAACAUUGAAAAAAUUUUAACUGAUGAACAAUGGGUAGAUGAUGCUACUGGUCUUAUUCCUCACUGUUUGGCUAUUCUAAAAAAAUGUCACCAUCUGACUGAAAGAUUAGUUGCAAUGAUGAUGACUCGCGUUCCACAACAGUCGAACCAAGAUCUCAAUGAAAUUAUCGAUGUUGCCAAAAAAAUUAGUCCUCGUGUAGAUGAUGUUGUUAGAGCCAUGUAUCCACCUCUUGAUCCUCGCUUAUUAGAAGCAAGAUGUAUGGCUCUUAUUCUGUCCGUGACACAUAUGGCUCUUGUUAUUCGUUCAGUUUGCCAGUUAAGAACUUGCAACUGGGUAGAAGUUGCUUUAACAGAUAUGGAAGAGAAUCUCCAAGUUUUACGAGAAGCUGGCAUUGCUUUGGAAGCGAUAACUUCUCAUCAAAUAAAUGGGAUGUCAACAUUAGAAUGCAAUGAGCUUAAUCCAUCUGAAUUUCUUCCCAGUAAUGCUGCAUUUUCUCGAAAUUCAGUGAGCUCUAAUCAGUGUUGAUAUUAAUAUGCUUUUUUUCCAUCGUAUUUUUUUUAUACCAAUGGUACAUUAUAUGUUAUAUAAUGUUGUCUAUUUUUUAUAUUAUAUGAUUUCAUUCUCA